GCCACCGCCGCCAAACAAACCCCGAAGGUGCCCGGCCGCGCUGUGGGGGGGUCGAUGGUGGCUCCGGGGGCGGACCGGCAGGGAGGCUGAGCUCCGAGGGAGCGAACCGCCGGAGGAACAAUGCCUGUCGUGUGGCCGACCCUUUUGGAUCUCAGCAGAGAUGAAUGCAAAAGGGUCCUUCGCAAACUGGAAUUGGAGGCGUAUGCUGGAGUCAUCAGUGCCUUGCGUGCCCAGGGGGAUCUCACGAAGGACAAGAAAGACCUCCUCGGGGAACUCUCCAAAGUGCUCAGCAUUUCAACCGAAAGACAUCGAGCCGAAGUUCGGAGGGCAGUGAACGAUGAGCGCUUGACGACGAUUGCACAUAACAUGUCUGGGCCGAACAGCUCUUCCGAAUGGUCCAUCGAAGGGCGGCGGCUGGUUCCUCUGAUGCCGCGGCUGGUUCCCCAAACGGCUUUCACUGUAACAGCGAACGCUGUUGCCAACGCUGCUCUCCAGCACAACGCAUCUCUUCCAUCUCCCGCAGAAACGGGGAGCAAAGAAAGCGAGGUGGUGGUUUGCUAUUCCUACACAAGUACGACUUCCACCCCGACGUCCACCCCAGUACCGAGCGGCAGCGUAGCAACGGUCAAGUCCCCCAGACCCGCCAGCCCGGCUUCCAACGUGGUCGUCUUGCCGAGCGGAAGUGCAGUUUACGUCAAAAGUGUGAGCUGCUCGGACGAUGAUGAGAAGCCCCGCAAGAGGCGCCGCACCAACUCCUCCAGCUCUUCCCCCGUCCUGCUGAAGGAGGUCCCGAAGGCUGUCACUCCGGUCACGAAAACCAUCACGGUGCCCGGAAGCCCCAAGAUGAGCAGCAUCAUGCAGAGCAUUGCCAAUUCCUUGCCGCCCCACAUGUCCCCCGUGAAAAUAACCUUCACCAAGCCCUCGACGCAGACGACUAACACGACAACCCAGAAGGUCAUCAUCGUCACCACUUCCCCCAGCUCCACCUUUGUCCCCAACAUCCUCUCGAAGUCUCACAACUACGCGGCAGUCACCAAGCUCGUCCCCACCUCCGUCAUUGCCUCGACCACUCAGAAGCAGCCGGUGGUCAUCACGGCCCCCCAGUCCUCUCUGGUCAGCAGCAGCUCCAACAGCGGCGCCGGCUGUUCCACCCCCUCCUGCACUCCCAGCACCGUGGCCGUGACCACCGUGGUGUCCUCGACGCCGUCCGUCGUUAUGUCGACCGUUUCACAGGGCGUAUCCACGUCGGCCAUUAAGGUGGCCUCAGCCCGGCUGCCUUCCCCCAAAAGCUUGGUGGGGACCCCGACCCAGAUCCUUGCGCAGUUUCCCAAGCAGCAGCAGCCCCAGCAGGCGCAGCCGCAGCAGCUGACCCAGGUGUCACCAGUCGCCCAGACUCCGGCGCCGCCACAGCCGCCGCCACCCCCGCAGCCAUCUCCUCUGCCCCCCGGCAUCAAGCCCACCAUCCAGAUCAAACAGGAAUCAGGUGUGAAAAUCAUCACCCAGCAGGUGCAGCCCAGCAAAAUCCUCCCCAAGCCCGUCACGGCCACCUUGCCCAGCAGCAGCAGUUCCCCGAUCAUGGUGGUGAGCAGCAACGGGACGAUCAUGACGACAAAGUUGGUCACCGCCCCCACCGGGACUCAAGCGACUUACACCCGUCCAACAGUAAGCCCGUCCCUUGGCACACGCUUGACUGGCACGCCUGGCGCUGCAACGUACGUCAAAACCACCAGCGGCAGCAUCAUCACGGUGGUCCCCAAAUCGCUGGCCACCCUGGGAGGGAAGCUGAUCAGCAGUAAUAUCGUUUCUGGUAACUCCUUGAUGAAGACCUAUUUUCAACAAAAAGGGACAACGACCAAAAUCACUACCAUCCCUGUGACAUCCAAGCCGAAUGUGAUAGUCGUGCAAAAGACGACGGGCAAGGGCACCACCAUUCAAGGACUUCCGGGUAAAAACGUCGUCACGACGUUGCUAAACGCUGGGGGAGAAAAAACGAUUCAAGCGGUGCCGGCCGGAGCAAAGCCAGCGAUCAUCACUGCCACCCGGCCCAUUACCAAAAUGAUUGUCACGCAGCCAAAAGGGAUCGGCUCUGCUGUUCAGCCAGCCACCAAAAUCAUCCCGACCAAAAUUGUGUACGGCCAGCAAGGAAAGACACAGGUGCUGAUCAAGCCAAAGCCGGUGACCUUUCAGGCCACAGUCGUGAGUGAGCAAACGAGGCAGCUGGUCACCGAAACCCUGCAGCAGGCGUCACGCGUGGUGGAGGCAGGGACUGCCACGCUGCCGGAGGUGAAAGAAGAGCCCCAGGUGUUCACCGACAGCAGCUCCUCUUCCACAGAAUCCUCGCAGGGGUCCCAAGGCCAUAAUUUUUCGGGGAGCAUUCUCACGUCUACCGCCAGAAAGCAGGCAUGGUAUUCCCAACCUGUGGUUCACGUCAUCGCGUCCCGAAGCCAGGACUGGUCUGAACACGAGAUUGCCGUGGACUCCAGCCCCACCAUAAUCUACCAGGACGUCUCCAGUGAAUCGCAGUCGGCAACUUCGACAAUAAAAGCCCUCUUGGAGCUCCAGCAGACAACAGUGAAGGAGAAGCUGGAGUCCAAACCGAGGCAGCCCACCAUCGACCUGAGCCAAAUGGCCGUCCCCAUUCAAAUGGCCCAAGAGAAGCGCCAUUCUCCAGAAAGCCCCUCUAUUGCAGUGGUGGAGUCUGAACUAGUGGCUGAAUAUAUCACCACCGACUCAGGAAGACAACAAUGUAUCCGUUCACAAUCGGAAGAGUACCUCCAAAACCACAUAGUUAGCCAUCGGUCCCAGCCCCACCAGCCGGCAUCCCAGCCCCAGCGGACCCUGCUGCAGCACGUGGCUCAGUCACAGACAGCUACACAGACGUCCGUCGUGGUGAAGUCCAUCCCGGCAUCCUCCACGGGUGCCAUCACGCACAUCAUGCAACAGGCCCUGAGCAGUCACACAGCAUUCACCAAGCACAGCGAGCCGCUCGGCACCGAGGAGGGCGAAGUGGAGGAGAUGGACACUCUGGAUCCUCAGACGGGGCUCUUCUACCGGUCCGCCCUGGCCCAGGCGCAAAAGCCGCAGCAGCUGAGCCAGCCCCCGAUGGAGCAGGCGCAGCUCCAGGUCAAGACGCUGCAGUGCUUCCAGGCCAAGCAGAAGCAGACCAUUCACCUGCAGGCCGACCAGCUACCCCACAAGCUGCCGCAGAUGCCCCAGCUCUCCAUCCGGCACCAGAAACUGGCCCCGCUGCAGCAGGACCAAGCCCAGGCCAAGCUGGACGUCCAGCCGGCGGCUCAGCACCACUCGAUCAUCCGCGAGAGGCAGCUGCCGACCCUGGUGGCCCAGCCCCAACAAACUGUAGUCCAGGUGCUGGCGGUCAAAACCACGCAGCAGCUGCCCAAGCUGCAGCAGGCGCCCACGGCCCAAAAAAUCUACGUCCAGCCCCAGCCGCCCCAGAGCCAAAUGCAGCUCCCUGCCGCUUCCGAGAAACAAUCGGCAAGCCAGGUGCACCAGCCCAUAAUAUCCCAAGGAUCCUCCGUUACAAAGAUAACUUUUGAAGGGCAUCAGCCGCCUACCGUGUCCAAGGUGGCCGGUGUCAGUUCGGCGCCUAAGCUGGCCCCGCCACUCCCGAGCCUCUUUCCCGCCCAGGUGCCCACGAAGACCGCAGUAGCGGACAUUUUGAAAAUGUCUAUGAUGGAAGCUCAGAUUGACCCGAGUGUAGAUCGUGUGGUAGCGGACCCCCCCAGCAACAGGGCUGCCCCCGCUGGCAACCUUACUGGCGAAGCGGAAUCGUCGCCUGCUUCUGUGCUGAGGGUGGCCUCAGUCGGGGCGGCAACAGCUGUUGCAGCAUCUGUCCUACAGCCACCAAAACGCUUGGACUCUGCGUCGAGCCCUCCUUCCGUUGUGCCGUCUAUACUAGAGAGGAAACCGGUGGUGUCCACUCCACCUACAGCCAGCCAGUUCAUCCGUAUCCAGAAUAUAGCCCCGAAGAAAGCAGAGGAGAUUCCCACAGAGAUCUUAAUUCAGACUAUCCCUCAGUAUUCGGUGGCCUGCCACUCCACCUCCAACGUGGUCGUGGAACCCAGCGGGCUCCUGGAACUCAACAACUUCACCAGUCAGCGCCUCGAUGAUGAGGAGACCGUCAUGGAGCAAGACGUCGACAGCAGCAACGAGGAAGGAACUGAACUCAGCCCCACUCAAAGCUCAGAGCAAUCCUAGCACCCUGGGGCGCCGGCGCGCACUUUAUACACGUGGGAGGAAUACAGUCUUGGCUUGCGGCGUCUGAAGGGUCCUUGUGUUUUUGCAAAGCACUUUGCCUGCCCGAGGUGUUGGACGGAUCCUUUGCACAUGGGAUUGUAAAUUCAACAGUAUUGGCGAGGCUGGAUCACGAAAUGGUUUUGGGGAGAAGCAAGGAAUCGCCGUACCAGGGUCAUCCUUUACAGCGGCCGAAUGUCUUUCUUUAAGCAGAGGAGAGAGAACAACGUGCAGGUUUCAUUUUCUUUUUUGGUUGGGGUUUUUGGGGUUUUUUUUGGCUACAGUAUCUAAGAUCAGUUACUGCAACCUCUUCAGAGUGAAAACAGAAGAACUGCAGAGACUCCGUGAAAGCAGCGGAACAGUGCUCCGUCUCAAAGAGACUUUUUUUGUUGUUGUUUUUUAAUAGCAGGUGAGGUCUCUGAAAGCAGUCCUUUGAUGGGGUUGGGAAAUCACCUAAAGAAAUUCCGACUGUGUGGCUUUUUGGUUUUAAAUAAGCUGGAGAAAGAGUUGGCCAUGUGUUCUUCUGUUUUAAAAAAAAAUAUCAUUGGCCAGUAUGCAGAAAUGGGAGGGAUGGAUACUGGGCCAAGUGGAUGGUAUUCCAUCCAAUAAGUGUUUUCCCCCCCCUCUCUAUCACACACAGUUGAAAAUUUCAAGCAGUCCCACUUUGCAAAAGUGUUUUAUUUAUUGAUCUCGUGAUCCUGUUAAGCAGGCCAGUAAACUUUAACGUGGUUAUCCAGACAAAGCGGUUUCACCUUCGAGCUGCAGGAUGGAGAAUGUGUUUUCUUGUCUUAGAUGGUUCAAAGCCUAGGGCGUUGAUCGUUUGUGUCUCGAACUCAGAUGUGGGUUGAGCUGUGAAAUUUUUUUUCAUUCUUACUUUUUUUUCUUUUUUAGGAAAAAAAAAGUUAAUUAUGACUGUUUAGGGACUUUAAAAGUUUAAAUUGAUGAUCUUUUGAUAGGUUUGGAUUUUUAAAACAUUUCUUUUUCAAGCGUUCCUUAUUUGCACAAGCAAUAGAUAAGGGGUUUCGUGCUGGUUGAAGCAAAUGGAUUUAAAAAGGAAAAACAAAGAAAAACAAUCUCUUGUACAUUUUGGUAACAAACCGUGCUUUUUUUUAAAAAAAGAGAGAAACUGUAUAUAGGAACAAGGUUUUUAACUGUUUUUGUAUAAAUUUCAUUAUAAAUAAGCAUUUUAAGAUUUUGGGGGGAUGUAUCUUGUAUAUACACGUUAUCAGCUGAACUGCCCAUUUUUUGGUGCUCAAAUGCUACUUUUAAGUAGAAGGUUAUCUGAAAGCUCUAAUACAAGUUUUUGUCAAUAUUUUCUAAACUGUCAUUUUACUUGUAAUAGCAUUCAGUCUAUAUACCCCCCUUCAGGACAACUUAAAGC